GCCACCUCCACCAACCAUCUCCCUCUUUACAUCUCUUUCUCUCUCUAAAACUUGAUAUUGCUCCAGCUGUCACCCCAACUCAGCUGCUCGGAGCUGUGAAAUUUCUUAAUCGGAAUGGCCGGAAUUUCAAGAGCUCAAUUAUCUUCACUUUUGCUGUUCGUUUUCGUGUCUUUGAGCUUCUCAGAAGCUAGAGACCACCUCGUCGGCGGCAAAUCUAACGCUUGGAAGGUCCCAGCUUCCGACUCAGAUUCUCUCAACCACUGGGCCGAGAAAUCGCGUUUCAACAUCGGAGAUUCGCUAGUUUGGGAAUACGAUGGAUCGAAAGACUCGGUGCUGCAAGUGACGAAGAGAGACUACGUAACCUGCAACACGUCGAGUCCGAUCGAGACCUACACCGGCGGCAGCACCAAGGUGAAGCUCGUGCGUUCCGGUCCGUACUAUUUCAUCAGCGGCGCCGACGGCCACUGCGAGAAGGGGCAGAAGUUGAUCGUUGUGGUCAUAUCAGAGAGGCACCGCAGCUUGAGAAUUUCUCCUGCGCCUUCCCCGGCGGAGAUUGAGGGCCCGGCGAUUGCGCCUGCCCCUGCCAGCGGCGCCGGGAGCUUAAGUGGUGGCUUUUUGGCGGCGCUGCUGGGAGCACUGUUGGUUGCGGUGUGAAGAUUUCGCGAUUUUGAUAAUGGGGCGGGAAGGGAAGAAAUUGUGGAAAUAGUUUAUUUAUUAGUUAAUUCUUUUGGGAUGGAGUUUUAACUAUUUUAGUGUAAUUGAGAUUACAUUUUCUCGAAUUAUGCGAUUCAUUUUAUCUAUUUAAUCCAAUAUAUGACCAAUAAUUGGUUUUCAUAUUUAUCAAAAA